AAUGUUUGUCCCGGGAAUUUUCUCGAACCAUUUUUGUUAGUAUAAAGUCGGCACAUCGGCAGUGCAUCGUCAGAUUUUGGAACGAAGCAAACAGUCGAUUGGAAUAGACUGCCUGAACCGACAAGCGGCGAUUCACGGACAGAAUAUUUUUCCCAGCAGGCGAUAUAUUUUUUUGUCGGAACUUCAUCAAACAAUAUUUUGCAUCUUGAUUAAGUGAGCUUUCUACAACUGUGAAGAUGGCCAAGUCGAAAGCUAUCGGGAUUGAUCUGGGGACCACGUACUCAUGUGUUGGGGUCUUCCAGAAUGGAAAGGUGGAGAUCAUCGCCAAUGACCAAGGCAACCGGACCACGCCGAGUUAUGUCGCCUUCACUGACACGGAGAGACUGAUCGGAGAUGCGGCCAAGAAUCAGGUUGCUAUGAACCCGAAGAACAGCAUCUUUGAUGCCAAGCGCCUGAUUGGCCGCAAAUUUAACGACCCACCCGUCCAAGCUGACAUGAAGCACUGGCCGUUCACUGUGAUCAACAAAGGCGGCAAGCCGAUGUUGGAAGCAGAGUACAUGGGAGAGAAGAAGCAGUUCACCCCAGAGGAGAUCAGCUCCAUGGUCCUGGUCAAGAUGAAGGAGGUAGCCGAGGCGUAUCUGGGCCAGAAGGUCAAGGAUGCAGUGGUGACCGUGCCUGCGUACUUCAACGACUCCCAGAGACAGGCUACCAAGGAUGCUGGCGUCAUCGCUGGACUGAAUGUCCUCAGGAUCAUCAAUGAGCCAACGGCAGCUGCUCUUGCCUACGGACUUGAUAAGAAGCUCAAGGGAGAACAGAACGUGCUCAUCUUCGACAUGGGAGGCGGCACCUUCGAUGUGUCCAUCCUGACUAUCGAUGAUGGAGUCUUUGAGGUGAAAUCCACGGCUGGGGACACUCACCUUGGUGGAGAAGACUUUGACAAUCUCCUGGUAGGGCAUCUGGCGGCUGAGUUCAAGAGGAAGAACAAGAAAGACAUGUCCAACAACCCGAGGGCUCUGCGCCGUCUGCGCACGGCUGCUGAGCGAGCCAAGCGCACGCUGUCAAGCAGCACCACCGCAAACAUUGAGGUUGACUCCCUCUUUGAGGGAAUCGACUUCUACACCAGCGUCAGCAGAGCCCGCUUCGAAGAACUUUGCUCCUCUCUCUUCAGGAAGGCUCUUGGACCGGUAGAGCAAGCCCUGUUGGAUGCCAAGCUGGAUAAGAACAAGGUCGAUCAGGUUGUGAUGGUAGGAGGCUCCACAAGAAUUCCCAAGAUCCAGAAGAUGUUGCAGGAUUUCCUGAACGGGAAGGAACUGAACAAGUCCAUCAAUCCAGACGAGGCUGUGGCAUACGGUGCUGCUGUCCAAGCUGCUAUCUUGACUGGUGAUCAGAGCGAUGAGGUGAAAGAUGUUCUCCUGGUGGACGUAGCACCUCUGUCUCUCGGCAUCGAGACCGCUGGCGGUGUCAUGACCAAGCUUGUGGAACGCAACUCUCGUAUCCCUACCAAAGCCAGCAAGACCUUCUCCACUUACUCUGACAACCAACCAGGAGUCAGCAUCCAGGUCUUCGAAGGAGAGCGAGCGAUGACCAAGGACAACAACCUCCUGGGUACCUUUGAACUCUCUGGGAUCCCUCCUGCACCACGCGGUGUGCCUAAGAUUGAUGUCUCCUUUGACAUUGAUGCGAACGGCAUCCUGAAUGUAUCCGCUAAAGACGAGAGCACUGGAAAGUCCAACAGCAUCACCAUUAAGAACGAGAAGGGACGCCUGAGCCAAGCAGACAUCGAUCGUAUGUUGUCGGAUGCUGAGAAGUACAAAGCAGAGGAUGAGGCUCAACGGGAUCGCAUCAGUGCCAGGAACGGCUUGGAGUCAUACGCUUACAGUCUCAAGCAAGCCGUUGAUGAAGUCCCUGAGGGGAAACUGACUGAUGAUGAUAAGAAGAAGGUACGAGAUGCCGUCAAGGAGACCGUGGACUGGAUGGAGAGAAACACUCUGGCUGAGAAGGAUGAGAUCGCUCACCAGCAAGAAGAGCUUUCAAGGAUGUGUUCUCCUGUCAUGUCUAAGCUCCACGGAGGAGCCGGGCAGGCUGGUGGACAGGGACCAUCUGGAGGCAGCCAGGGCCAACAAGGGCCUACAGUUGAAGAGGUUGACUGAACUUACAACUCGAAAAACUUUUAAUGGUUCUUGUUUUGUUAUACGCCACUGAAGCAUUAGUUUCGAUUGGAACGAGUAGCUAGGAUGAGCAGUUGUAGUUUCAUUAUUUUAGUAAUUUAAAAACGAGGAUAGACAGUAUUCCACAGCAUAUUAGGGCAAAACAUUUUUUUCUUGUUUGUUAUUUUUUCGUAAUGAAAAAAAUAUUAACAAUGAACUACAAAAGAAAUAUCAUAAAACAGUUUACGAUUCAUGUGCAAGUAAAAUUUGUUGUAUAUAGCUGAAAGGCAGUUGGUUAACAUUUAUUGUAACUGGUUAGUUUAUUUUUUUAUAAACAGUUACCGAAGAACAAGUAACGUUAUGCUGAAUUAUUGUUUUUGUUACUAAUAUACUUAUUAUGUAAUGUAGAAACAAAGACUUAUUUUUUUUUCAAUGAACUGGCAAAAAUUCAAGAAGUUGAUUAAGUAGUGACAAGUUGUCAAUGACAACGAAGAUUUAAAUGGAGCUUCUUAUUCAGGCAUGAGAUUUUUCAGACUUUUGUCUGAAAUCAGACUUUUUGAAUAUGAGAGAAAGACAUUAUUACUUUAGUAUAGAAAGGUAUGCAUCUUUCAGAUAUGUCAUCAAUUUUCAGACUUUGUUUUAAAUUGACAAUCUCAUAUCCCUGCCUUAUUUGAAGAAAAAAAAAUAUAAGAAGUAAGCCCAAAAUAGAUUAUUAAGGGAAAUGUGCCAAAAGUUUCAAUCAGCAAAAAUAGCAAAAGAAAAAAAAUACACUGUAUACCUUAAGUUUCAGGAAGCUUGAGAAGUAUGUCAGUUUUGCAUUGCUUAAUACUUGUAAAUAACUCAUGGAUAUUCUUGUACUAGUUUUAAUGACUUGAAUUCAUUAAAUUAAUUGUUCGUUAAUUUUCUUGUACUAGGUUUAAUGAUAUAUACCUGUUGAUUUCGGAGAAGAAAAAAAAACAUUUUUAUUUAAUGUUAACGUGUUUUACUUUUGAUUUCAAGAAGCUGAUUCAUCAAUACUCUUGGAAAAGACUUAAUGACAUGAGUAUGUUAAAAUCUCGGUGAAAUUAAAAACAAGUACAUGUAAUGCAUCGAGGAACUUAGCACUGUAAAGAAAAACAUAAGGAGUUUUUACAUAUAAAUGUUUAAAAUGCCAAAAGAAAACCUUCAAAAGAUUCCUUUGAUAUUGCUGAUUUUUGCUCUUACACAAUUAACUUACAGUAUAACAAACUUUUAAUUAAUAUUGAAAUUGUUAUUCAAACAAUAUUGUUUAAAAUUAUAACUACUAAAGGCAAAGAGUGAGGCCUCAUGUUUUAUAUUUCUAACGGGAUUCGUUUUCAAUCUGUGACUAUUAUGUUGUCGCUCUUUUAAAGUUUUAAAAACGUGCAAGAAAAUCUGAGGUUCAGAGUUUUAUUGUUUACAUUUGUUAAUAUUUUCUCUUAAUGAUUAUAUAAACUGUUAAUGCAAUAAAGUGUUUUGUUCAGUGUUUAACGGCA